UCCUUCUUCUAUUUCCUUCCAUUAAUUUCUCCUCCUCUUCUUCUUCUUUAAUUUAACGACACGUUUUUCUCUCUCUCUCUCGGUUCCCUUCUAAUUUUAGCUUUGUUAUCUUUUUGAUAACAAUCUGCGGUGCUAUAUACGAGGCUGCUUGUAAGGCUGUGUUUGGAUCUUCUUUAUUUUACCACUGCUGCUACUACUACUCUACCAUACCACUGUUGUUGUUAUUGGGGAUUUAAUGGCUGCUGCUCUCUUUCAACAAAACUCUCAACGACCACUUGAAGAAAUGAUGAAGAAUCUUAAAGUUGAAGAUGCUUCUGUGCAACUCAUACAUUCUAGUUUGGUUGGUGGUUCAAAGGAUGGAAGCACAUCAGAUGCAACAUCAUGUAUAUCAUCAGCAGGAGAUGCAUCUGUUAGUGUUAAAGAAAGUGAUGUGGAUAAUGACUCUUUCACAACUGGUCAAAGCUUACCAAGUGCCUGCUAUGGAUAUAUAUAUCCAGGUUGUGAUGGUACUUUUGGAGGGCUGGAGGAACAACCUUAUUAUGUAGCUGGUGAUGGAAUGGACCUUCUUAACUAUCCUGUUAUGCAAGCAGAUAAUGGAUCUUUGAUCUACUUAAUGCCAGGAAUUCAACCAGGCUAUAACCAUUACGAUCAUUUUGUACCAGUAACCUUGUAUGGUGUUGAUGGACAUGUUAGUCAACCAUAUCCACUAAGCGCCGUUGCCUCCCCUGGAUAUAUUCAAACUCCUGUUCUAGUGCAAUCACCCUACCUCUAUGAAUCGCCUGCUCUUUUUGGGGAUGGAGCAUAUGGAAAUUGCUAUGGUGGAAUGCUGGAAAUUCCUGUCUCUAAGUGUACCUUUUCUUCUAGCAAUCAUACCCAUGUACCUCCCCCAGAAACUCUCUCUAGUGGAUCACUGGAUGCCUCAUCUGGCCAUCACAUGAACAACCAGAUAAAAGCAUCAUGCAAGUCUGAUGGACAGCUUGGAGGGUAUUAUCCUUCUGGGAGAUUUCCAUCAUAUGGUCAAGAAAAAGGUGGAGUGCUGUAUACAAAUAGCCCUGAUAAAACAAAUGCGAGGGUUUGGAGCAACAAUGAAAAGCCUAAAGCAAGAAGCAAAAUAAAUAACACUAGCGAUCUUAAUUUGCUCAAUGAACAAAAUUAUGGCCUUAGGACAACAAAUACAAAAGGUUCUUUCAUAGUUGGAGGUAACUCUGUUGGAUCUUUGGCUACUGAUGGGAACGGAAACAGUAACAGCCUAACUUCUGUAACUAGGAGGGAUCAAUAUAACCUUCCUGAUUUUCCAACCAAAUAUGAUCAUGCAUUUUUCUUUGUUAUAAAAUCUUACAGUGAAGAUGACAUUCAUAAGAGCAUCAAGUACAACGUAUGGGCCAGUACCCCUAAUGGAAAUAAGAGACUGGAUACUGCAUAUCGAGAUGCACAGAAAAAAUUCGCAGAAACAGGCAGCAAUUGUCCUGUGUUUCUUUUCUUUUCGGUAAAUGCAAGUGGCCAAUUCUGUGGGGUAGCAGAGAUGAUUGGCGGAGUGGACUUCAACAACAAGAUGGAUUUCUGGCAACAAGACAAGUGGAAUGGUUUUUUCCCAGUCAAGUGGCACAUUAUUAAAGAUGUUCCAAACCCUCAAUUACGACACAUAAUACUUGAGAACAAUGAGAACAAGCCUGUAACUAACAGUAGAGACACACAGGAGGUCAGAGUUCCCCAGGGUAUUGAAAUGUUAAACAUUUUCAAGAACUAUGUUUCUAAAACAUCUAUAUUGGAUGAUUUUGAAUUUUAUGAAAGCCGUCAAAAAGUCAUGCUAGAGAAAAGACUCAGAUCGGUGGUGCCCCAUUUGGAGCAUAAAGAGAAAGCAGAUGAACUAAAUGUGGAAGCAGCUAAAGCUGGUGGCUAUGCAGGAGUGUGAAGGCCUGGUUUCUGUGUUACUGAGGCUCGGCAAUUGCAUAUAAAGCUAUAGGAAACAAAAUUGGUGGCUAUAGCUUCUGGUACAAAUUCCCAUAUUAAUGGAAAUACUGUUCCAGAAAAUUUAAAAAAAUAAAAAGAAAAACGAGAAAGAAUUUGUGUGGGUAAAAGGGAAAAUACAUGAGGACCUUUCAUGGUGAUUGAUGAUUGGAACUUUGAUUUUUUCACAGAUUAGAGAUGAUGGAAUGCUGACGGUGAUGGUAUGUGUUUGUGUAUUAGCAUGAUGAUCUCCACUCAUUCUUAAUGCUAGAUCUAGAUCUUGAUCUCCACUGGUACAAAUUCCCAUAAUAUGUAUUUACCUUUUCUUCCUUUUUUUUUUGGAACUUUGUAGAUCUUGAUAAUUGGAAUUCUGCCAUUACCUACCUUCUUGGGUUUUAUGUUGUGUAGGUGCUGGAUAUUCUCUAAUAUUUUCUCAAAAUACAUAGAAUCCACUGGAAAAUUAAAUUA